UCUAUGCAAUUUGGAGUGAACGUGACGCAAAAAGAGCUUGCCGAUUUCAAUUUUCAUCCAUCUCCCUCGUAAAUCGACAAUAGGCCGAUUGACAACAAAACCCACUAUCCUGGGAAGCAUUAUUUUCAUAAAUGCUUCCCAAAUAAGUGUUGUGAACCGAGAGCCUGUAUUCGUGACUAAUACAGUGGAGGAAAAAAUAUGAAGAGGCGAAAUGCCGAAUCUGGCAAGAUGCGGCGCCCUUUAAAGCGCACAAAAAUCACCGAAGGAAUGUAUGGAAAUUCUAUGCUGUACCUGAAAUUUGUAAUGCUGUGGGUGACGGUCGUACUAGCAGACUACAUGUUGGAGUUCAGAUUUGAAUUCCUGUGGCCAUUUUGGAUGAUGUUGAGAUCAAUUUAUGAUUCAUUUAAAUAUCAUGGAAUUGCAUUCUCAGUAUUCUUCAUAUGCAUAGCGCUGACGUCCAACCUAAUAUGUUUCUUCUUCAUACCACUGCAGUACAUAUUCUUCGCAGCCAGUACCUAUGUGUGGGUGCAGUAUGUGUGGUACACAUUCGCGGAUAAGGGCGUGUGUCUACCGACGGUGGCGAUAUGCUGCCUGGUGGUAUACGUGGAGGGUGCGCUGCGGGCGCGUACUGGCCCGCUGGAGCUGUGGCGGCCGCUCGCCGCGCACUGCCUCGGCUACCCGGCGCUGUCGCUCGGCUUCGGCGUUAAGGCGUACGUGGGUCAGCGGCUAAGGCUACGGCGCCAGAGGCAGGUGCGCGCCGAGAACGAGUUCUACUUCCAGCUGCUGAGGGACGCGCUGCCCGAGCCCGCGCCGGACCAGAACGGUACGAGCAGUAAAGAGGAGUGCAAACCGACGGAGAACGGGGAGUACAGUCCCGCGACAAGCGAGGCGCGGCACAUGAACGGGUCCGUGCGGCGCCGGUGUGCGCGCGACCACAACGGCGUGUGCGUGGCCGAGCACCCCAUACAUGUUAAGUUAGAAAAGUUAGAGAAGCACUUAGCGCAACAGACGGCUGCUCGCGAAAAAUCGCAAGCAAACGCGAGCUCGCAGGCGAGCGCGAACGCGAACGCGAGCACGAACACGCACACGCACGCACACACAAACGGCACGGCCGGCGGGCCCGGCGCGCCGGUGGACGAUGACAGACAUGAACACAGUAAAGGUAGUGGGAAGUCUGCCAAGUGUGAGAAGAAAGAGGCUAGUACAGUAAGAGAAGAGAGGAAAAAGCAUAAGAAUAGAGAUAAAGAUAAGGAUAAGGAGAGCAGUGAUAGCCAUAAGAGCACAGAACAAACAAAAGAAAUAUUAGUUAAAGAAAAAGAAGUAGAAAGUACAAAAGAAACUGUCAAAAGUAACAAAGAUAGUAAUAAUAGUCAAAAAGACAGAGACAAGGAGAAAGAGAAGAGAGAAGACAAGGAGAGAGAAACGAGAGAGCGGGAGCAGAAAGAAAGAGAAUUGCGCUCUGUGCGCGAGCUGAGCGAGGAGCUAAAGCGCGUGCGCGCGGAGCUGGGCGCGGCGCUGCGUGGCGAGGCGGAGGCGCGGCGCGCGCUGGCCGCCGCCGCCGCCACCGAGCGCGCGCGCCGCGCCGACCACCUGCAGCUACGCCAGGCGCACGCGCAGCUGCAGCACAAAGUGUCCACGUGGCGCAGCGGCGAGCGCGUGGCGCUGGAGCGGCGUCUGAGCGAGGAGCGGCGCGCGCGCACCAACGCCGAGCACCAGCUGCUCCGCGCCAGGCACGCGAACCGGACUCCCAAUGGCGAGUGUGAAAAUGAGUGGUGCCGGUCGCGACGGAGCGCGCAGGACGCGGACUCCGCGGCGAUGCGCAGGGAGCUGCAGAAGGCGCGGGACAGAGCUGCACAGCUACAGAAAGACCUCGCGCAGGCCACAGAUCAGGUGCGGUCGCUGGAAGUGCGGGCUGAAGAAGCGGUCGCAGCGGGCGGCGCGGCGUGCGGCCCGCGGCUUGCGGGUGCAUGCGCGGCGCUGCAGGAGCGUGCGGCGCAUCUCGAGCGCUCGCUGUCCGCCGAGACGCGCGUCAAGCUCGACCUGCUGUCCGCGCUGGGCGACGCCAAGCGACACCUGCACAUUCAGGAGGGUUUAAUAUCGAGACAGGAGAAAGAAAUCGAGGAACUGAAAGCUCAAAUGCUGGCUGUCAUGCCAACCGAGUUGGUGGCGCCGGGAGGUGGCGUCGUGUCCAAACUGCGGCGCUCGGACGCCUCGCCGCUCGACCCCAACGCGACCGUAUAUACGCCCAAGCAGCUCUGCGGAGACGCCUGAGCGCUCAGCCCUGAGCAUUAGGCCUGAGCGUCUCUAAGCGUUCGAGGUAUUACGCGUGCCAAUAAAGAAACGAAUCGAAAAGAAGAAUCGUUAAUCAUUCGAUCUCACUUACUCUGUAUAUCUGUGUGAGUGAGACGAAAUAAUUAGCGCGGCUUCGUUUCGUUUGUUUAUUCGCCCGCGGCAUCCUAGGUAUAGGUUAGGAGGCGGUGGACGAUUUGUGCCAAAUGCUUUAUACUGUGCAAAAAAUUCAUUCACCGUUCGUAUACUAUAAAAUAGAAAGCGAAUUUUAUGUCAUUUUCUGAAAUUUUAACAUGUUUCUUUAAUAAACUUUUACUCAAAACAAAACCUGUACGUCAUACAAAGAAUGAAUGUUACAUAAAAACAAAUCGCACAGAACUGAAACCUCCUCUUGUUGAAAGUUGCUUGAAAAGAUCAGUAUAAGCACUUGGUAUAAUAGUUCACCUGCUCCUACCCUAUACGAGCAAGAGCUUGACAACAAAACCGCCUUCUUUACCGAUCUUUGUAUGCGUUUCACUGAUCUCAAUCGUUUAGUAAUUUUUUGUUCUCUAUUCGAACUAAAUAUUUAGGAAUAACUUUAAUCUUAUUUUGUUACUUAAGUUACUGAUUAUACAUGGUGUUUAAUUUCUUUCGGACAGUCUGGAAAAUCUCAAAAGGAGAUAUAGUGUGAACGUUUUGAUGUGUCAACUGUCAUGUCAAAAAUACGAUUUUAAUGUUUAAUUUAAGUGUGGACUGUACUUGACAUGAUAAUUGACACAUAUAAAAAUGGCGAGUGAGUUUUCAAAAUGUAUGCAUUUUACAUAAAUCUGUCUUUUUUGAGUUUUAUUCUAUUCCCAUAAUGUCCAAGAAAAGUGAAACACCUGUAGAACACCCAUACAAACAUCGGUACGCCCGGACCCCUGAGAUAACGUGUGUUAGUUUUGUAAACUGUACGUACUAUAGAUAUCAGAGCGUUUAUUUUUUCAUCAUUGAAAUAUUUGGAUAUAACCUGAUCGCACAUUGGUUACUGUCGCCUGAGCGAACGCUUUUUAGUAGCCGACCGUCGGCACGCUUCUAAUAAGACGCUGUACUAAUGAUUUGUAUAGCUUUUCAUCCCACUCAUAUUAUAAAUGCGAAAGUGUGUUGGUUUAUUAGUUUGUCCUUCAGUAACACUGCAACGGAGCAACGGAUAACAAAUUGAUGGCCAGACCUAUUUUAUAACUGAUGUAGGGAAGCUUAAACUCUAAUAUGCUAUGGUUGCUAAAGAGUAGACGCUUAAGCGAUAGUAACAAAUGUGCGCACAGCCUAAAUACCUUAUGUACCUACUCGAACUAGCCCGAGAGACUGUGGAAAAUUUAUAGGAUGUGCUUGAUAAAAAACUGGCAGAUAUUAUUUUAGAGUUUAAACUGUCGAAUACAAAUAAUUAUUAUGAUAAAUAAGGGGCUAGACUCCUGUGAUAUAUUGGUCAUUAUAUACUGGACUCAUAAGGCGAUGUAUAGGCCACAUUUACGUCAAACUUGCGAAGGCUGAGCAUAGCGUACUUCGAUUUUAUUCAGACUUUAGACAUUUGAGAUAAAUGUCUCAUUUUAACUGAAACUUAAAUCUGAGCAAAGUCAAAGUAUACUAUAGAUAAAGCCUUUAGGUCUAUGGCUCAUAACUAGGCAGAUAUACUCCAACCAAAGCUACACGUGACAAAAACCGUUCAUUCAUAGUUUAUAAAAAUAUAUACCUUUCCCAAACUAGCAAAUUAGUCCAUAACGUUUCCCAUACUUUAAUAAAGCAGAAAAACCAUUAUACAAGGUAAGAUUUUACCAAGCACCUACUCAAAAUUCCCCACCGUCUCUCCUACUACCUACUUUUAUUAAGCGGUGGUUGAUAAAAUUACUAGCUUUUACUCGCAAGUUUGAAUUUACCUAUGUAUUUUUAAUUUUUCGUGGUACAUUUUAAAGUAGUAGACAAAACGUGGACUAUGCCUGUCUCGAGAAUGCAAGCUAUGUCUGCCAAAUUCGACAAAGGUUUAAUCUUAUGUACGUUUUCAAUAUUCGAUCUAACCACAAUCUUACUAAAUUACUUAUCAAUCAUGUUAUUUGUCGAAAAGAACCAUACAAUUUCAGGCAAAUAACAAUAUUGCUGAGUAACUUAUCUACAUCUUACAGAUAGAUUGAAUAUAGAGAACGGACGCCAGUGAUUCAGCACAAAUAUAACAAACGGACAGACACUUUUGCAUUUAUAUUACAUUAUUAUUGUUACAUUCAAUAAGUCCAACAAAACUUUUUUACUACACUUAACUCUCAAUAGUCCAAACUUUUAAGUUUAAGCGAGAGUGUUGCCAACAUAAUAUUUUUAGAUUUAGAUUUUACUUUUAUACAUCUUUUUACAUCUUAAGUAAUUCUGUUGUACUCAAAGCUUUAACUAAAAUAUGAUUACAAUAGAAAUAAUCCAUUUUUUUAUCAGUGAUUUUAUCAAUCUGCGCACACGGACUAUCCUUCCAUUAACAUACGAUCGUCGUUUUUAAUGCAAAAAGUUAUAUCAGUUCUUGUUAAGCUCGCUACGUUUCAAUAUAGUUUGUGUAUAUUUAAAAUAUUCAUGUAGCAAUAGUCCAAAUAAUUAAUUAUUUAUCAAAGCUUAAAAUCGAAUAUAGUAUUACAUUCAAAAACUCGAAUCCAGUAAGGGGAAAAACUGGAAAUAGUCCAAAAAUAAUGUUGUAGCAAUAGUCCAAUAAACAAAAGGAAACCAUUACAAAUAAAAAAUAAAAUCAUUAGUUUUAUUUGGUUAGUUUUAUCUUGUGACUUCUUUUUAUGAUUACAGAAUAGGUUUGCAUUUGACGGCAAUCAUGCUUAAAAAAGCAAUGAAGAGGUCUAGGUUAGAACGUAAUUGCCUAGAAUAUGCCUAUUCACUCUUGCUUUGAAGGUAAUACUUGGACUAUUCUGCAUUUUUUAACGUUUUUGCAUUAAGAACGAAACAAACCGCUGCUGCAUCCAAUCAGAGACGUGUUCUUUUUAAAUUUAUGUGAUAUAUUGUACAAAAAUGAGAUUGGAUUUGAGUCUUCUCCUUGUAUUAAAUUGUAGCUUUAUUGAAGUUUUAGUCUAAUUGUCUCGUUUCAAGCGUAGCGUCCGUCAUUGGUUACCUUAAGGAUGGAAACAUACUUAUGAUACGCACCGUGGGAGACCCAAUAAAACGCGGGUUAAGUCGGCUUAUGGCCUAAUACAGUGACGUCUGUGUGUAUAACACAAAGGGCUCGGCACAGCCCGGCUGUAGAAUCUUAUAGUCUUUAUAGAGAACAGUAUAGUCUUCACUAAUAUAAUGUCACUACCCAACUUGUAUUUAUUAUUUAUAUUCGUAUUUUAUUACAAUAACCAUAAGAAUAAUUAAUUAUUCAAAUUUAUUCUUAGAAUAGGAAACAUUUAUUUAUCAAACACAAUGAAAAAUAAUAUAAUAAUAUAAAAUGCCAAUAAUGAGUUCGCCUGCGGGUGUAGCGACACUAUGUUUUCUGAAAUAUCUCUUACCCCAGUCGAGUUUUUUGUUUUUUCUUAUGUAAAUUAUUCUCUCUGUGAAAACUUGUUUAUUAGCUUUAAUUUUCUUCUGCUCUUAUCUUUUUACUUUAUCCUCUAAGCUGUAACUUUUCCUUGUUAACAAAAUAAAACAGACUUUAUAUAUUACAUAGGAAACAAAAAUUCGGCUAUGCCUGCUCGCACAAACACAUACGAUUAGUCGUACAGAAGUGACAGCGGUCGGUUUUCUUGUUCAAUAAGAAUUGCCCAAAGAAUGUGCCGACCCGAUUAUGUGUAUAGCAACCUUCAAAGCUUAAGAGCGUCUUUUAAGGCUGGUUUCAGAUUUGCGGGUUCCGUAUCCGGAGGGUGUCAACGGGGCCCUAUUACUAAGACUCCGCUGUCUGUCCGUCCGUCUGUCCGUAUUCCGUCAAUCAUAUUAGGUAGAAACGUGAAAUUUUCACAGAAUGCGUAUUUCUAUUGCCGCUAUAACAAUAAAUACAAAAAAUUGCCACCAUGAAAUACUAAAAAAAUUUAAGAAAGUGUUAUUUCUUUUACGGAACCUUCGUGUGCUAGUCUGACUCACACUUGACCGAUUUUUCAAAUCUAAAACUACACUGAGUGUCUAAUUUUUGGCAUUUGGUUCCUACAGUUUGUAAAAACAGUGACAUAUCAGUCUUGGGACGCUCUUUCAGUAUUCUGCCACUAUGGGUGUUUUAAGUAUGUUUUCUAAUAUUCGUUGUCGUAUUUCGAGAUUAAUAUUAUAUUUUCAGGUAAUUUUAAAUAAUAUAGGGCGUUUUAUCUAUAUUUUAAGUACUAAUUCUAUGUCUAUCUAUACUUUACAAAUCGUUUUAGUACUAUGUUUAAUACAAGGUGUAUAAGAAAGUUAAUUGUUGAAACUGACUUAUUAAAGCCUGGGUCAAAUCGCAGCAGCUACCACAAGUUGUGGCUACUUUGUGUUUGACCAAGGCUUAAAAAUUAUCGCUGAAGCGUGUGAUUUUAAUUUCUUAUAUCGUUCAUAGAAAAAUUUAUUAACGUUUUAAAAGUAUUAAUCGAUCGAGCUUAGUUAAAAAAUUGAUUGGUAAAAUGACGGGACGCUACGCUAAUUUGUUGAAGAUAAAAAAAUAAAAAUGGCGGACAUGCAACUUUGACAGUUGUCAAACCAUAACAAGUAGAGUUAUGUUUAUUGUGACUUGAACGACUUCAGUACAGAGAUAGCGGAGUGAACGAGGGCUAUGUUAAAUGUGUGUGACUUUUUGGUUAAUUUACCAUACCUAUGAUUAUGAAUUAACUAUAGCGCUCUUUCUGUUACGUAGUCCCAUACAAAUGAUAGAGCCAAAAAUCUCAGUGGGCGUUAACCAUCUUGAGACACCGACCAAUCACAAACAUGUAUUCAAAAUACAUUCGAAAGUUAAUUCGAAAAUGUUUUCAGAACAUUCGAAAAUCGAAACUCAAUUAGAAAAUAUAGUCUCGUUUGUGAUUGGUUGGUGAUUCAUAAUGAUUAGCAACCACUUGAGAUUUUUGGCUCUAUCAUUUGGAUAUGGUUACUUAACAGAGAGAGUGCUAUAUGUACUUAAUUCAACGGAUAGGGUUUCAACGGAAAGUUUACAUUAAUCGGACCGAAACACGCCAUGUCUAUACAAUCACAAAUUAAUUAAUUAAAACAUUCUUAAAUUAAAAAAAAAAAUGAAGGUGAAUAGUCCACAUUUUUAUGGUAAUUUCGAUAUAUUUUAUGAAUGACGCAUGUUUUAUUUGUAAUGUGAACUGAAAUCACAUAUCUUCCUCUGUUAAUCUCUUGUCUUCGCUUUUUAACAUUUACAAACAGUCCUGUUGCAUUUAUAUUAUAGUACAAGUACAAUUGUUAAUUUAAAAACCAGGAAAUAACUACAUAAGUUUGUAAGGGUGAGGUGAAUAUCUACGUUCAAAGAUGGAUGGACUAUUUUGAAUCAUUGAAAUAAUUUAAGUUUACAAUCAAAUUGACGAAAAACAUUAGUCAUUAUUUUUCUUAUUAAAUAAACAGCAAAGUUUAUAAAAUUAUCUAGGAAUAAUUUUGUUGUCAAAUUGAUUUAAUUGUAGGAUUUAAAGAUGAUUAUUAUCGUUUUAGGCUUUGAAUAGUUCAUCCAUUCUUAUACUUGCUGGUUGCACAUUACAUAGCCCACUAUUUUCAGUACUGAAAUAAAUGUUAUUCAUGCUUACUCUCUCACGACUACUCAAAGUCAGUCAGUAGAAAACUCAGUUGAUGUCUUCACUCUUUUGUGCGAGCUGUUGAGUUGAUGAUUUUUUACUUACAGAGCAAAGUUGCUGAACGAAACUCAGCUUUAAUUACUUUGUCAUAAGAAUGAAAUUCAAUAUAAACAAAAUACAAAGGAGAAUUCUUGAUUGGAGAUGUCUUCCUUGUGUUUUCAAUCCAAUGUUAAUUGUAUGUUAAAGUAGAUAAAGUUGAAUUUCAGUUGUAAGUUAGGUAAUUUUAGUUCUGAAAAAGGUGUUACUUGUAAUGUGCGAUCGGAGGCCGUAGUGUAAGUUUUCAAGUUAAACUUACGUGACAUGUACGUUUAGUAAAAUUAUAUCAAUUAGCGAAAAUAUCUUGAAUUUGAUAUAUAUAAUUGACUUCUCCAUAUAGUUUUGGUGGAUGUACUAACUCAGAUGUUACGUUUUUUGACUUUAAAACUUACACUGAGCUCAGCAUGGCAAUUUUUUUGUGUACUUGAGUUUUAUUUGUUUACAAAGUCACGCAUACAUCACAGGAUGGUAAUUAUAAAAUAACGCACACUGGGUAUCAGUUAUAUCGGAAUUGUAACCGUUGUAUUAAAACAUGAGAUUGUGUUACUACUCUAGUCUUUUAAAGGCCGGUUUACACGCGUCUACCGUGCCAGAAGCUCGUGCCAUUGCUUGGGUUUAUUAAGUCGUACUGUUGCGGUGUAAACGGGCCUUAAAAUUUUGUAUCCUAAGUUUUUUUAGAUGUUAAUUUUUUAUUUCAUCCAAAUGCGCACAGCAUUCGAAGUCGGGCGAAUUUUAAAAAUGUCGAUCGUCUAUUUUCGUAACUGGCACUGGUUCUAGCAAGAGUUCAUGGCCACAAUCAUUGGUCAAUGCCUUAAAUUUCAUGAUUUCUCUUUCUCAACUUCCCCAUAAAAUAUUUCUUGGUGGUUAUGUAGGUAUCCAAGUUCAAAUACGGAAAUAGCCAACCGGUAUUUCUAAGGGAGAUCGCCCACUGCGAAAUUUUGCAGCAACAAAGUCGCGUUUAAGAAUCGCGUUCAAGAUACGCGCGACUGUAUGGCUACAAAAAGCCUCUGAAUGUUAUUGGUUGUAUUUUAUUUUAUUGUAAAAACCCCACAAGGUUUGCGGACUUAAAGUACUUAAUCUAGCAUUACGUUUGGAUGUCAUUUAUCGUACGGCUCCGAUCAUUAAAGAACAAGACAUGCAGUCCCAUACAUAAUCGAAAAAGCACUUUUGAGUUUAUACGAAUUAUUGUAGUUGUUUGUUUAUAGAAGAACCAAAAGAAAAAAGCAAUAAUACGUUUUCUGUCUUUCUUUCAACCUACACUUGUGUUUGUAUUUUUAUAGCUUUGCAAGGCACCCUGCCGUAUUGAGAUUACAUGGGCUUUCUUACUACAGAUGACUCAUGAACCGCUUGACUGAGACGGUUCCUGGGGUAUGGUGUGGGUUGCGGGAGGUUGACAGCGACGUUGAAUUACUUGAUUAUUACCUAAACUGACUCUCGCAACCCUCGCCCUGCCUUAUGAUCCGUUUCAGGGAAAUGCAAUUUUAUAGCGAACCAUCGAAAAUUAGUUCCGGAUCGUGUGCACUCAAUUUUUAACAGAUAUUUUUUGACAGCAUAUCAUAUACUUUAAUACUUACAUAUACUUUAAUCAUUAAAGUAGAUACAAGAUAUGCUGUCAAAAAGUGAUCGAUUCAAAGUAUAUCUUGUACUUUAAUGAUUGAAGAAUUUAGUUUUGUUUUUCUAUACAAGAGAUCGAAUCAGCAGCGUAGGCUUCGAUGUAUAUUUUUUCAUGAACAAUUUCUCCUGAACAUGAGGGACGAGAUGUAACGAAAUGGUACAAGCGGAUCGAUCUGAAUUUUCACUAGUGAAACGUAAGCGAUAAUAUUUGUUUGUAUUAUAAACGGAUGCUGUAACAGCAAUAAAAAAUCAGACUUGA